CCGCGUGUUGGCGUUCAGUAUGCGGUCGCGCAUUCCACGCGGGAACACCUGUUUGCUCCGACGGCGACAGCUGCAUCGGCUCGCGUGCUACGCGGUCGCGCUCGGUUCGCGGGGGAUAGAGAGAGAUAGAGGGAGAGGAAGAGAGAGAGAGAGGAGAGAAGGGAGAGAUUUAAUUUCUUCGAUCUCAAAGAAAAAGCACUUGACGCAAUUACGUCCAACCGUUGACGCAGGGGACAUCGCAGGAGCAGCGAUAAAAUAAGAUGUGCUUUCUCUCUGGGGCCAGAGGUACAGAAUAGGGAAAGGAGGAGAGAUACAGGUAGAAGUGGGCGAUAACGAGAAAGAUAAACAGAAAGAGGACAAACUCGAGACUUCGACCACGUGUCCCUCGUUCCUCUCGAUUGUACACGCGAUUUCUAUCAUCUCAACGCAAUCGCGAUCGCGACCACGGAAGUUUGCGGUCAUGAAAGGACCACCCGACUUCAUUCGCUCUGACGAGCAUAAUAAGAGCGUGCUAUUAAGAGCGUUGUUACGAUACUCGGUGCGCGAAUCGAGACAAGUCCUUUCAACGACGCUCGCGUCAACGUCGCUUAACUAACCGUACUUAACUACGUUCUGUGUCCGAGAGGCAGACGGGAAUAAUUUAGCACACAACAGUCGCCAUUGAGAGAGGUAUUUUUUACGGUGCGAUCAUCCCCUUCCCCCCUUCCGUACCACGCGCGCCGCACCUUUAUGUCGCGGCUGAAUGGACAGGACGAGCAACGACUGCCGUCUCUUCUAUGAGAUAAUAGGCCCGAGAGGCCGUGUCCGUGCCAUUCAGGCCCCGGAUCCCGACGACCGGAUUGAAUCAGGAUUGAGAGAGCGAGACCGAGAAGCGAGAGGCGAGGGCGGACAUCGUCGUGGCCCGCAGUCAUGCUCACCAUACACAACGAACCCAGAGCUUCUCGUCGGCUUCUUCCGGGCUUGCUAAUGGCUGCGCAUUAAAUCGCUGCGAAUCGAGGGUGAAUAUCAUGUCACCACGCAACGGUUCGUGCGUGACGGAAGUGAGCUCCGUGAGAAGUCUGUCGUCGGACGAUGUUUCGGGGACCAAGGUGAAUCGGAAGAAGUCGUGCUGGGCCCGCGCGACCAAUCCGGCCCAUCGUCGCGGUCGGCGGAUCCAGUUGCUGCAGAUGCUGGUGUUGCCCUUCAUCCCGAUCCUUGCUCUGAUCGUGCAAACCGCCAACACUCUUCACGACAUCCUGAUCUAUCGUCAAGAGGUGUCCGACAUAGAGUCUCAGGUGACGAUAGCCACGGAUCUGGGCAAAAUGGUCACCAGGAUGCAGCUGGAAAGAUCCGAAGUGGCUUUCUUCAUCUAUACCAACGGUAGUACUCUGAGAUCGAACCUGACGCAGAGAUUCGCCAUAACCGACCAGGAUCUCCACAACAUGAGCACGUGGCCGCUAGUGUCCGUGCCCAGAGAUGAGAGCAAGACUCAGGCGUACGACGUGGUGAGCAAGGAGGCUUUCCAGGCCCGCCUGGAGGAUUUCAGGCAAAAGAUAAGUUCGGAGGCGAGCAGUAUCAGUGAGGUAAUGGCAUGGUACACAAGCGUGAACGCAGCUAUGCUGGAUCACCUGACUAAUCAGAUCAAGGAGACAGACAAUAGCGGGGUGUGGAGGUAUCUAAUAGCCUUCAAAAAUCUCCUGCGGAGCAUCGAGAGCCUCGGUAUCGCCUCUGUGGAAGGUAUUAAUUAUUUUGGCCGCGGUGUCCUUCUCGGUGACAACUACGUCAGUUAUGUUCGUCACGAGGCGCUGGGACGUGAUCUUCUCAACGCCGCUCUCACAUACGUUCCUUCCCUAAAGAAGUUUUACAUCGACCUCACGCAAACCAUGCCCGAUUACAGCAAGAUCAAGGCAAGGCGAAAUGAAAUCCUGCGGAAUCAGAAGAGGGAAUCGAGCGUGGAAGACGCAAUCGCUUACUUCGAUUCGAUGGCCACUUACAUCGACGAGCUGCGUAAGCUGCAGCGGGAAUUACGUCACAUGAUAAGGAAUUAUGUCAACUCGACGUUGCAAGAUGCGAGCAACAAGGAAGUUGCGGGUAUCGCUAUCGUCGUUCUGGUGCUGGUGGUGUCGCCCAUCAUCAUCAUCCUGAUGCGUAACGCUGUCGCGACCAUUCAGAUGUAUGCCGCAAAUUUGGCGCAAAAAGCACGUGAACUCAAGCGCGAGAAAAGAAAGAGCGAUACAUUACUCUUCCAAAUGCUUCCACCUAGUGUUGCUCAGCAACUUAAGCAGACUCAACAGGUGCCGGCCGAGUAUUACGAGGCGGUGACCGUCUACUUCAGUGACAUAGUCGGCUUCACAGAGAUCGCCGCGGAAAAUACACCCCUCGAGGUAGUGACGUUUCUCAACUCGAUCUACAAACUGUUUGACGCGCGUAUCGAAUGCUACGACGUAUACAAAGUGGAGACCAUCGGAGAUUCUUACAUGGUCGCUUCCGGCCUGCCCGUUAGAAAUGGUAAAAGUGACAAACACGUGUCCGAGAUCGCUACAAUGGCGUUGGAUCUGCUCGCGGCCUCGUCCGUCUUUCAGGUACCGAAACGUCCCGGCGAACGGCUUCAGAUAAGAAGCGGAGCCCAUACUGGACCCGUCGUUGCCGGUAUCGUCGGCAGCAAAAUGCCCCGUUACUGCCUCUUCGGCGACACCGUCAACACCGCGAGUCGUAUGGAAUCAACUGGUGAAGCCCUGCGGAUUCACAUCAGCUUGGAAAUGAAGAAGGCACUCGACGCCGUGGGCGGUUUUAAAAUCGAGCAUCGUGGUCUUGUCGACGUAAAGGGCAAGGGCCUCAUGGAUACAUACUGGUUGGAGUGCAAGGACGGCGGCAUCGCGCGCGCCGCCGAGCUCGACCUGCCGUCAUUCUUCGAGGACGUACGACCGGUCUUCAUGCGACGCCUGCGCGAGGAGGGCACUCUCUGAUGCGAGCCGUACUCUCGUCGGGACCUCUGGUACCUGAACCGACGCCCG